AUGUGUAGAACCACGGACUUUCAUGGGCUGCAAUCAAGAACCCGAGAAAAGCACUUGAAGAUUAAAUCUUUUUACGUCCGGUUCACUGGUCCUAGACCCAAUAACAAACCGGUACCCGAGUCACUCACUCUUGUUUAUCUCCCUCGUGCUCAUGAUCUUGUCAGUGAUGGGUCCAAGUUUCGACCCGAGACUAAAGCGUUCUUAGGUCUUCAUAGGAUUGUGGAUUUGGAUAAAAAGGAAGGAGAUGGAGAGGUUAUGUUCGGGUCAAGAGAACGGGUUCGGAUCAACGAAGGGGUUCGGUUUGAGGUUUAUUUAAGAGAAGAGAGGGUGCUGGAGGGGAUUUUUAGAAGAGAUGCUGACUUGGAAAGGUGGAAGUUGGAGUGUUGUGGCGGUGGAGGCGGUGAUGACGCUAGGGUGGUGGAGGUUCGUGUGGCGGCGGAGGGACUGGUAGUCUUGGUUGAGAAGGUGGUGACGAGGAAAAGGAAGAGCAAAAGAGGCUGUGAUAGGCUGGAGGUGAUUCCAGAGGAUAGAGAGGUCGUUUUGGAUGAAUCGGAUGGUGGAUGUUAUUGUGGUUGUGACGGGAGUGGAUUCUCGUACGGUGGAGAUUUGGAAGAGGGGUGCGGGGGAGAUCGUGCAGAGGUUGAGAUGGAAGUGGAGGUUGUCAGAUGGGCUAUUGAUGUUGGGGUUUGGGUCAUGUGUUUGGGUGUGGGUUACAUGAUUUCUAGAGCUUCUGCAAAGAGCUUCAGAUUACUUUGA